CUAUAUGCACCCUAACAUGUGGGUUCAACAAAGACAAAUCAAAGCAAUUAAAAUCCAGAAAAUAUCAGACUGUAAACUGACUUUACAACACUAAAUCAAAUUUAAUAUGUCAGAAUGCUGCCGGGCUUGGACUAGAAACAUGUUUUCACAUAUGCAAAGGAGACUCUUUCUUUUGAGGAAGAUCAGUGACAUUUGCUCAGGAACCACAGUCGGUCUGACUUUAGGUAGAAGGUCAUCACACUGAAAACACAAGUAAAUCUCACCUGCCCCCUACUGGUCACACACGUAAUACAGUGUGAAGCUACAACAACAAAAACAGACUUUCUGCAGCAUCUGUUUGUCCUGGAAAGCAAGUUAAAGAGGAAGUCUUAGUCUCUGCUUAUAAUGAAUAUUAUAUAUGGAGAGCAGCCAUGUGGACAAACAUAAUGUACCUGUGGUGAGAUAUUUCAGUCUUUUCAGCAGAGAAUUUAUGACAGGAUCAAGAGCUGUGUACUUCAAAUGCAGAAGUUGCUCCCUGUUAGCCAUUACAUAGUCUACUGUUCCCAUAAUGAUGUGUUGUUAAAAAAAAAAAAAAACUGAAAUAUUUUUUGCCAAAUGAAUGAAUGAAAAUAUCUUUUUUGGGAUUAUUUCAGCCACAUGAGAAAAGUUUGCAAUGUGGAAGUUUCACAGACAGCAGAGCUGAGCGCUGAGUGGAGGAGAGGUGAAGUAGGAUCUCUAUUUUUUUCUGUGGUUUUCUCUUGUAACCUCGAGUUGCAGCCUGAUGACAUGGUUAGAUGAACCAACCUGCCACGAUACAACAGCUGCACUGCAGAGCCUCUGUGUGAUCUCUCAGAAUGGACGACAACACUGGCUACACUGAAUAUACUUACUACUACGACCAAGAUAACACCACUGAAAAUGGAUCCCUCCAGUAUGAUUUCGGUUCCACCCUGGACUGUCCAGACUCAUGCCUCCGUGGCUCCAACAUCUUCCUGCCUGUUGUGUAUUGCCUCAUAUUCCUGUCUGGCUUUUUGGGCAACCUCUUUGUAAUCUUGGUCGUGGGCAGCAAGGGCAGAAAAAGUGGUCGCCUGGUGGACACCUUUGUUGUCAAUCUGGCCUUGGCUGACCUCAUCUUUGUCCUCACGCUGCCUCUGUGGGCCGUCUCCGCUAGCCAGCACAGCUACUGGAACUUUGGGCUGGCUGGGGACUCGCUGUGCAAGCUAAGCAGCUACAUUAUCAGCGUGAACCGCUUCUCCAACAUCUUCUUUCUCACCUGCAUGAGCGUCGAUCGCUACCUGGCCAUCGUGAAGCUGAUGGAUUCGAAGUACCUCAGGAGCAGUGGGUGCAUUCAUGCCACCUGUGCUGCUGUCUGGUUGACUUCCCUGCUUCUCGGCAUCCCAUCUCUGGUGUACAGAAAAGUGGAGCCUAUAGGUGAAGGGCAGGCCUGCGUAGAAGACAACAGUACGCCUUUUUUCAUCGGCAUGAGCUUGACCAUGACCUUCCUCACCUUUGUCUUCCCGGUGGUGAUCAUCGUGCUCUGCUAUGGCACCAUCAUCAAGCACCUCAACAAGCACUGUGUCGCCGCUGGAAACCCUCGAGCUGAAGCCCGCCGCAGGCACUCCCUCAAGAUGGUCCUCUGCAUCAUAGUGGCCUUUGUGGUGUCCUGGCUGCCCUUCAACGUCUUUAAAGUCAUCAUCAUCAUCUCGCAGAGCUCAGAACAAAAUUGUGAUAUGUUGAUGUGGCAAAGAAACGGGCUCCUCAUCUCCUGCUGCCUGGCCUUCUUCAACAGCUGCGUGAAUCCGGCCAUUUACUUCUUCCUGGACCAUCACUUCAGACGACGGGCUGAGAUCAUGGUCAAGACCUGCCUGGGAAAACCAAAGUUGCUGCAGAGCCACAACUCCUCGGCUUCUUUCACCCACGGGGGCACUUCAGAGAGCUUUGCAACGAGUGGGAGAACUCAGCUUCAGAUUUUUAAGUAAGAGGAGAAGGCAGGUUAUUCUGUAAAUAUGUAGGCGGUAAAGUCAUAAUUUUACUGUCUCCUUGAGACCUAUGUGAGAAGUUUUCAUGUCAUUUUGUGCCGAUAGUUUAGCAAGGAAAGCUUUGUUUUUUUUGUCUAGUUAAUACAACAUUGUCUAUAAUUUCUUUUGUCAUACAUUUCCUUUAUUCUAAUCUUGUACAAAUAUCAAACGUGUGGUUUAAGCUGCUUCUACUGAACUAUGUGAACUAGCACAAGCUACAAGUGACUGUCUACUGAUAAUUAGUUUGUAUAAGAACCUUUUUUAAACAUUUUUGCAUGUAGCAUUAAUAGAUGACAGUUUUGUCAUAUUUUACAGGAAUAAUAGAACAUUUGUAACAAAACUGACAGCUUGCAUUAUACUGAAGCCAGGAUACUGAUGAUGUUGUAAUUAUGAACGCACAUUUUUAAAAAAUGUUUUAUAUAUUGUUAAAAUGAAAUUGCAUUUAAAAAUA